CCGAAGUUGAAGGCCGAUUGGUUUACCUAUGUACAUCUGUCACUCUCUCCAUUACAUUCACUGUACAUUGCUGUACUUGUUCUUCAUUGCGUUUUCGUUAUCAUUGCCCUUCAAAAUCUUUGGCCCAAAGAAGUCCAUAGAUCGUGGAGAACACGUAUAAUGGCUCUCGAACUUUUAGAUAUAACCGCUUCUGGAUUAGCGUACAUAUGCUUAGGAGGAUUUGUGGUCGUUUUUUCACUAUUCUCUCUUCUGAUGAAGGACAAGCUAUAUUUGAACGAAGUUGUUCUCGGAACUGCUUUCGGGAUCGUCAUCGGGCCAUACGCCGGAAACAUAUUCGAUCCUCGUUCUUGGAGUUCGUCUGAAGGAUCACAAAAUAUCACGCUAGAAGUUAUGCGCAUCGUCCUGGCCACUGGAUUAUUUGCUAUCGGCAUAGAACUUCCAAAUAACUAUAUGUGGAAACAUGCGAAGUCACUUUCAGCCAUGGUAAUCCCAACCAUGGCGGCUGGGUGGUUGAUCAUAGGAGGAAUAUUAAGAGCACUGUUUCCAAGGUUGAGCUACGUUUCCUGUCUUGCGAUAGCAGCAUGCCUCACACCAACGGACCCCAUCAUAUGUGCUGCUAUUGUGGGAGGUAAAUUUGCAGUGAAACACGUUCCUGUAAACCUUCGCCGUAUCCUUUCUGCAGAAUCUGCGGCGAAUGACGGUCUCGCGUAUCCAUUUCUGAGUAUAUCCAUAUAUCUUACUGUCGAGUCCUCAAAAAAGGUUGCGUUCGGCAAAUGGUUCUUAGUUGGCUGGUUGUAUCAAGUCAUUCUGGGUGUCGUACUGGGAUUAGUUAUGGGUUUUGUUUUCUCUCAUCUAUUCCAGCUCUCAAAACGGAAAGGCUUUAUUGACCGGGAAUCCUAUGUCGCUCAGUACAUAGCUAUGUCCUUCUUAACCGUUGGUGUAGCUCGUACUAUUGGAAGUGAUGAUUUGUUAGCUGCUUUCGCUGCUGGAAGCGCUAUGUCAUGGGACGGACACUUCAAUGAACAAAUCGAAGGAGAAAUUUUCGCGUCUGUGAUUGACCUUGUUCUCAAUUGUGCAUGCUUUAUCUACAUCGGUGCUUGGUUGCCGUUCAAAGACUUUAAUAUGCCUUCAUUAGGGAUCGAGCCCUGGAGGUUGACUGUCCUCCUUAUCUCUGUCGCAUUGCUUAGGAGGAUUCCCCCUAUAAUGCUUCUCUACAAAUGGAUACCAGAAAUAAGCUCAUGGCAAGAGGCCCUUUUCUCCGGCCAUUUUGGUAGCUAAGCAAAGUACUAUCAAGGAAUUUUCCAACACUGACUUUAUGGUAAUGUAGGACCAGUAAGCCCUGCCAGUCUUAUCUUCAGCC